ACUAAAAAGAAAACAAAAAAAUAUAUAAUUGUAAAAUAGUAGAUGACGUCAGCAACAAUGGACUUUUGGAACACCAUUGGAUAUGAACAUUCUUCUGUUGCAGGUGGUGAGCUAAUGGAAGCACUUCAACCUUUUAUCAACAGUGCUCCUUUAUCAAAUUACCAAAAUACCCUUUCUUAUUCCUCCCCUUCUACUUCUUAUUCUUACCCUUCUCCGUCUUUUUCUCCUUCUACAAUCCCACCACAAUCUGGGUUAUAUGACCCGAAUUUCUUCUCCAACGGGUUUUCUGAUUUUUAUACCGAAAACCCGUUAUCUUAUAACCAACCCGAACCAUUAUCAUCGUUGGGGUCGGAACAACUAACCUCAUUUCAAGUAAACCAAAUCCAAAUUAACUUACCCAUAAACGGGACCGACUUGGGUCCGAAACCUGUAUCCAUGAAUCAAACUGGGUCACCUCCAAAACCCACAAAAUUGUAUCGGGGUGUGAGACAAAGGCAUUGGGGUAAAUGGGUCGCAGAGAUCCGUUUACCUAAAAACCGUACCCGGCUUUGGCUGGGUACUUUUGAUUCAGCUGAAGAAGCCGCGCUGGCUUAUGACAGCGCGGCUUAUAAGCUGCGUGGAGAAAGCGCACGGCUUAACUUUCCUCACCUCCGUCAUAACUGGUGCAGUAAUGACGGAGGUGUCUACAAGGUGUUACAUUCUUCCGUUGACGCCAAGUUAACGGCUAUUUGCCGAAUCUUGGCUGAGGGGAAGAAAAUUGACAGUUGUAAAAAGUCAACCAAAAAGUCAACGCUAAAGUCAACAAAAAAGUCAACUGAGGAAGUUUUGAAGGUUGACAACUCGGAGAGUGAUGUUUCCGGUUCCGGUGAAUCGUCUCCCUCUUCACGAGUGAUGUUUACGGACUUUAUGAACGAAGAAAACGCGUGGUGCGAUGCCGAGAAUUUUUCAUUGGAAAGUUUGCCAUCUUAUGAGAUUGAUUGGAGUUCAUUUUAGUUGUUUUUAUGUUACAUAUAUAUGGUACAAGUUUAAUUAGUAAGGUGUAGCUUGUAAUUCUGUAGGGAAAGGGUCACUGCAAUCAAGUUUUUGGCAUUGCAGGGACUUCAAGACUUUCUAUCAUUUUGUCUAUGUUAUUGGGUUAGGAACUACAAGUAAUUUGGCUGGUGGUUUUUUUCUUGGCCAAAUUACUUGAUAUAUGUUUAUUUGUUUAGCCUGUUUUCUUGGUAAAUUAUAUUGUUAUUAUGUUACUUUUAGUGGUAAAAAAAGUAUGUUAUUACUUAU